ACAUUUAAUACCAUUACAUUCUGCAUUUAAGAAUUUUAAGACCUUUUAAGACUUAAGACCUGACCUGCAGAAACUGUGAAUAACUAGCAUAAAAAAUGCAAAGCACACAAAAGUGCACACAGAACACACCAGCAUUUAUUCUGGGCCAACAUUUACAGUGCACCUUAUUAUCUCUGCACCUCACAUGCUCAACGCAUAUUUUGGUAUUCUCCCUCAUUUCUGCCGCAGGUGUGGAGAAUAGCCGUGGUCGGCAGGAUAGAAGGGGUAGCCUUAGACCCAGCUGUGAUGCUGAGUUUGCCAAAGCCUUAAAAGUGUUCUACCACAGCAUGACCUCUGUUAGGGGGCAAUUACAGCGACUGCGCAGACACAAACCCAGUGAGGAAGCAGACCUGCUAGGUCUCAGAAUGUUUGUGGAUGAACAUGCUUAUCUCUUGAAGGACUUUGCUGAGCAGUUGGAACAGUGCGUCACUACUCUCAAACAAGAUGUGGCUGCCAUUGUACGUCGAAAGAGAGAAAAGUCUGGAAUUUGGUCCUAACAAUUCUCAAAUUAAUAUUUCUUCUCGACCUUAGAGGCAUAUGAGC